AUGGGCGCGGUCAAACCUGAUGCCCAUAUGGGCAAGAUCUUGGCCUCGUCAACCACAGGCACCAGCUUCUUGAUUCUAAUUCAAUUGGCCUCCCGAAUCUUCACGUUUGCGUCAAAUCAACUGAUUCUACGCACCCUUUCACCUGUCGUGCUAGGGGUAGCAACGCAACUGGAGCUCUUCCAGGUUUCAAUACUGUAUUUUUCACGAGAAAGCAUUCGAAUGGCCAUUCAACGCCAGCCUAUUUCACCACUGUCCAGCAAUGACCCAGUCUGUGAAGCAAAGCCAGCCGCAGAGAAACAGUCUGUGAUGUCUCAAACCGUGGUGAACGUGUCUUACUUGAGCCUCGUCCUCGGCAUUCCUGCGAGCCUUAUGUUCGCUAUGAUGUACCUGCGAGUCGUCCCAGAGGAAGCGUCGAAUAUCGCAUUCUUCUAUCCGAGUGUGAUACUGACAGGGGCUGCUUCUCUUAUGGAGCUCACAAUUGAGCCUUUUUUCUCAGUAGUGCAGCAACAUAUGCUUUACGAGACGCGUGCUGCGGUUGAAAUGCCAGCCGCAUUUCUGAGAAGUGCAGUGACGUCCUUGACUUUCAUACAUGCUUCUCGAGUUGGUCGUAAUCUCGGCGUGCUACCGUUUGCUCUUGGUCAUCUCAGUUACUCGCUCGCCCUCGUCUGCGGCUACUCGCUAGCGUUACUGAACAGACCCAGCACAGGGCGCUUCUCUUUCUUAUUGACACGCGUGCAGUCCAGCGACUCAUCUGGUUACAUAUUGGGACUGUUUUCACGCCCAUUGACGUCGCUUGCUGCCAAUGUCUUUCUCCAAUCUCUAGUGAAGCAUUUGCUCACGCAGGGCGAUACUAUGAUGCUUGCCGCCCUUUCAGGACUAGAAGACCAGGGUAUUUACUCUCUUGCAUCGAACUAUGGCGGCCUCGUUGCACGGAUCAUCUUCCAGCCAUUGGAGGAGAGCAGCCGGAACCUGUUCUCGGUCUUGCUGAGCCGUGACGAGAAUGGGAAUCUGAAGGAUAUCCAUAUCCGCACUGCGAAAGAUCAUCUCAUAGAUAUUUUACGUGCGUAUCAAUUGCUGUCGGUCAUCAUCUUUCCGUUGGGCCCAAUGAUGGUGCCACAGUUGCUGCACAUCCUUGGAGGUCGUCAAUGGGCUUCCCCCAAAGUCGGGGAUCUUCUCUCCAUAUAUUGCUACUAUAUUCCCUUUCUGGCGUUCAAUGGAAUCACCGAAGCUUUCGUGUCCUCCGCAGCAAACUCGCAACAGAUACGGAAGCAAACAGGUUGGAUGGGUGUCUUUUCCGUCUGUUAUGCCUUAGCGGCGUAUAUGUUUCUCGAAGUAGGGCACCUGGGAGCCUACGGACUGGUCCUAGCCAACAUUGUGAACAUGGCCGUUCGGACCUGUUGGAGCUACACCUUUAUUAAAUCGUACCUGCGACGAAACGAACACAGCCUGUACGCAGCCGAAGUGGCCAUCCGACCUGCUAGCUUCAUCACCUGUGCUCUGGCGAGCUGGCUCACAAGCGGACGCAGUUUCGGCAAACCAGAAUUGGGAUUGAUCAAAGCAUGCUCCCUAAGUGGCAGCUAUGCUCUUCUGAUGUAA